UAAGUGCAUUCUUUCACAUUCCUCUGUAACAUUCUUGGCAUCGGUCUCACUUCCACUUUGUUCGGUUUUAUUUUGCAGAGCGUAUCAAGGCUGAGUCUGUUCACCGUCAGCGCAGAUAACUAUUCUCUCACGCUCUACUGCGCUCCGCGUGCGUAUCCGCGCCUAGCCUAAGGGUAAGUCGAAAACCUCCAUUCGGAGCCAGCGCAGUGAAACUGUGCGAGGUGGACAACUUCCCCGCAGUCCCAGCGUCCAUGGAGGGAGAUGUUAUGGACAAGCUGGAGGAAAUGGCCUCGGUGUGCGAGUUCGACCCCAUCACCGGGAAUAUCCCCGCCACUAAAGUGGAAAUCUCCGUCUCUUGCAGAAACCUAUUAGAUCGAGACACAUUCUCCAAAUCCGAUCCAGUGUGCAUCCUGUAUACUCAGGGAGUGGAGUCGAAGCAGUGGAGGGAGUUUGGGAGGACGGAAGUGAUUGACAACACGCUGAACCCCGACUUUGUGAGGAAGUACAUUUUGGACUACUUCUUUGAGGAGAAGCAGAAUCUGCGGUUCGACAUAUAUGACAUUGACUCCAAAAGCCCUGAUCUGGCCAAGCAUCCCUCCGAAUUCAACGACUUCCUGGGUCAGACCUUCUGUACUCUGGGGGAGAUUGUGGGUUCGCCAGCCAGUCGUUUGGAAAAGCCUCUUGGGGGUAUUCCAGGGAAGAAAUGUGGCACAAUCAUUUUAACGGCAGAGGAGCUCGGAAACUGCAGGGACUGUGCCACUAUGCAAUUCUGUGCCAAUAAGCUGGACAAGAAAGAUUUCUUUGGUCGGUCAGACCCUUUCAUGGUGUUCUACCGGAGUAAUGAGGAUGGAACGUUUACUAUUUGCCAUAAGACUGAGGUGGUGAAGAAUACUUUGAAUCCUGUAUGGAAACCUUUCAGUAUCCCGGUUAGAGCCCUCUGCAAUGGAGACCAUGACAGGUCAAUUAAGGUGGAAGUGUAUGAUUGGGACAGGGAUGGCAGUCAUGACUUCAUUGGGGAAUUCACCACUAGCUACCGGGAGCUAUCACGGGGACAGAGUCAAUUCAAUGUUUAUGAGGUGGUGAAUGCCAAAAAGAAAACGAAGAAAAGAAGAUACAUAAACUCUGGAACAGUGACAUUGCUCUCAUUCUUGGUAGAGGCAGAACAUACUUUUCUUGACUACAUCAAGGCAGGCACUCAGAUACAUUUCACUGUGGCCAUUGAUUUCACAGCUUCGAAUGGGAAUCCGUCUCAGUCCACAUCUCUGCACUAUAUGAAUCCAUACCAGAUGAACGCAUAUGCCAUGGCUCUAAAGGCAGUAGGAGAGAUCAUCCAGGACUAUGACAGUGACAAGAUGUUCCCUGCACUGGGCUUCGGUGCCAAGUUACCCCCUGAUGGGAGGGUGUCCCAUGAGUUCCCCUUGAAUGGCAAUGUAGAUAACCCAUACUGCAAUGGCAUGGAGGGUAUCCUAGAAGCUUACCACCAGAGCCUUAAGACAGUUCAGCUCUAUGGGCCAACCAACUUCGCCCCAGUCGUCAAUCAUGUGGCAAGAUAUGCAGCAGCGGUGCAGGAUGGUUCUCAGUACUUUGUCCUCCUCAUCAUCACUGAUGGAGUCAUAUCAGAUAUGGCUCAGACUAAAGAGGCCAUAGUCAACGCUGCUAAACUCCCCAUGUCCAUUAUCAUCGUUGGAGUUGGACAGGCUGAGUUUGAUGCCAUGGUUGAGUUGGACGGUGAUGACAUCAGAAUAUCCUCAAGAGGAAAAUUGGCAGAAAGAGACAUUGUACAGUUUGUGCCAUUCAGGGACUACAUGGACCGUACAGGGAACCACGUGCUCAGCAUGGCGCGGCUGGCCAAGGACGUGUUGGCGGAGAUCCCAGAUCAGUUAAUCUUGUACAUGAAAUCCCGAGGCAUCAAACCCAACCAGACCCCACCAGACUGUAGUCCUGGCGGUCUCAGCCCCACCACUGCCAUAUGAGUUUACACAGACCAAGUUUAGAGACAACAAGCCACAGAUCAUCUCUCUCUGGAUGUCUGGAUCUCAAUCGCCACCAAUUUCAAAAGACUCCAUAUGAGUUUACAUGAUCUAGAGCAAAGGGCAAAGCAAUAGCUACAACUAUGGCUAUAGCUAACACCCUUCCUUUAGGUCUUACUUGUAUGACGGACUCUAUUCCCUGAUCCAGUGGUGCCGAUUUUAGUAGGCAGUGAAGUAAAUAAUUCAUUUUGGAUGCCACAUGUAUUCAAUCUAAAAUGCUUGGGAUCAAUACGAUUCUGCUUGGGAUAAGGCACAGAUAUUCUUAUGGGCAUGGUAUUAGUUCAGGUUUGGACCUUGUUCACAACCUUUAUUGCAGACUUAGAGAUUUACAGACAUGUUUAUAAGGGAUCCCCAGAUGACAAGAGCCUUUCACUUCCAUUUGUUUGUUUGAGAUGUAACUGAGUAGCUUCAGGACGCCUGUGAAAUUUAACUUUUUUAGGACAGGUAGUGAUACUGCAACUGGGAUCAGUAAACUGUCACAUGGUCAAAUUGUAACUAUAUUACCCUGCAAAGGUAUUUGAUACAGCAUAUUUGAUACAGUAGAAUGUUAUGUUUGUGUUAAAUUUGUAGAUACUUUUGCAGCAUGGUGUUGCUGGGACUUGGGGAAUGUCUGUAUAGUGAAUUGGGAGUAAUAUCUUUCAUGCUGGUAUUCAAUCUUUAGUUUUUUAGCUCUGUGACAUGAUAAGCUUUUUUAUUGUAAAGCAUGAAAAACAUAUACCCAAUUGUACAGGGUACCUACUGUAUUGUAUAUGCUUAGUGAAGACAAUAGAUAAGUUUUAUGAAGAAUUACACUGAUUGAGCAAUCAUUAUUAUUGUAUUUCGUUAUCAAAUAUCAGUUAACAAAAGCUAUGGACCCAAGUACAAGAGAAGCACAAGUAUUUUCUUAAUGUAAAAACUAAAUUGUAAACCAGCUCUAAAAUUCAUAAACCAGCAGAAACCAACACUCAUCAUGGAACACAGCAAAAGCCAAGCAAGUUUUGUCAAAUGCAACUAUAUUUCAAACUAACCAUGUACUUACAAAUGUACCAUUUUCUGGUAACACCAUAAUUCCUUAACCUCUUAAAUUCUAAAACUCCACGAUUUAGUUAUUAAUCUUAAGGCAUAUUGUUGAUUAAUUUUAUUAACAGAAUUUAGCCAAUUAUACUACAUAAAUUAUACUAAAUAAAUAACUACACAUAAAGUAAUAUGAAAGCUCUGUUGUUACAAGAGUGAGUAAUAAGAGUCUGGAUGCACCGGCUGGUGUAAUCUUGUUUCGGAUGUUUAGAGGACUAUGAGCAGAUGAACAAACAGAACGGUAGUGAUUUGGAACAUCAGCACAUUUCACAGUUAUUGACAGAUCAGAGAGAGGGAAUGUAUGGCAUUUUAAAUAGUAUAAGAGGCCCGCAACAUCAAUCAGCACUUCUCCUGGUGAACAAGUUUGAUUGCUUUCAUGUUCAAAUGUUAUGAUUUUGUCCCAGAUUUCAUUUUUGAUUGCUCAGCUUUCCAUUAUUCGAGAGCAUUGGUGAUUACAUGGAGAUGGCUGUCUGAGAGAGAGGCUGAAGCCUCACAAGGGCUCAGUUCCCAAAAAGAACGCAGGACAAAAUUAUUAUUAUAUUGUUAGAGAGCAAAGCAACAUGCACACUCAUUUUGGAAAGCUAGAUUCAGAUUGGUAGAUUGAUGAGUGAAUAUAAGGUAAUGUUUCUAAAGUAUAAUUUAAUUGGGUGCAUUGUAUUUUCCAGUUGCGUAUGGUGAAAAAUGUGAUUCAAUAUGACCUUUGACUUCAUGGAUUGCCUUUAGCACAUUAAGUCAAAGGUCUGUUUGGCUCAGUAAUCUGUGCAUUUUACGCACCGGCUGAAUUAUUAUCCCUUGUGAUGAUUUUUAUGGAUGAUAUCUGGUAUAAACUGAAUAAGUAACUGAUUUAUAAUGAUUGCUAAAUAAGGACAUGCAUGUUAAAUAACCUUAUGAUGUUACUGUUGAAAUCAUCUCAGUCAUGUAAAUCUCAUCAAUAAUGAAUUUAUUUAUAUACGUCAUCAAUAAUGAAGCACAAACAACAGUUUAGUAACAAUCAGUAUGUUUUAUUGACUUGUCUGAAUGGUUGUCACUAAACAAGCACAAUUUAGUAAAUAUUUACCAGAUAAAUGUAUGACAAUGUCUUAUUUUCAGUCCUCCUUUUAUAUUUAUUCAUUUGUUUUGCUGAACUAGCUUUGCUCACUUGCAAUUGCUCACUCAUACUCUAGUUACUUUCUUUUGGUGUGUCUGCUGGUGCAUUAACUAUAUUGUAAUAUUAGAUUUAAUGAACUAUCAGAUUUAAUUUUAAGGAGUUACUUUCCUGUAUAAUUUGACAUGCUGAAUUGUACUGCUUUAGAAGUUCCAUAAAUGACUUGCUGUAAGUCAUAGCCAAGGAAUCGUUGAUGGAUUUUGUCCAUAACAAUGGUAGCAAGGACCCC